CAAGGCCACAAGCCUAAAAAGGAAGGAAGAGAGACUUGGAAAGGGCGAGUCUUUUACUCCUCAUAGCAGUCUCCUUUCCAUUUCUCACCUCUCCUUUUCUUAACACUGCACUUCCAAAGUUGAAUACAUUAUCCACUUUCCAUGUUACUUUCAAUAAUUCCUAUAAUCACACCCCUCUCCCCCAAGUCACUCUCAUCCGUUCUCUUGUCCUCCUGCUUCUAUGCCUUAGCAGAUAGUAUAAGCUAAACUCUUUCUUUCUCUUUUAAUUAACACUAUUGAUGCUACUUUUGCUAGAGAUUUGUUGGCUGUGAUCAAGUCAACAGGAACAGAAGUCGUCUUUCCUGUUCUUCUCUACCGUUGCUAAUCUCUUUGUUUCCUUAUUUCCACGCUGCUUUAGAUUCUGAAGUUUGGCUUCUUUAUACUUCAACCAGCAGUUCUUUCCUUUCCCGCCUCAUUUUAAAGAUUUCUGCAUCCUGGGGGUUACCAAGGCUGGAUUUCCCCUCUUCUAUGCUUGAUGGCCUGGUUUUUCUUCAGACUGUGCAAUGAUUGACUUGGUGGAUCACUUGGAGAAGCAUUUAAUGGUAGUGUGGGAAAGAGAGAAAUAGAUUUGCAAAACAAGAAUGCUCUGUGUUUAAGACUCCUUGGGAAUUAGCUGAAUUGGAAUAACAAAGCAGUCCUCAGUUCACUCAAAUUACUGUACCUAGCAGUUUAAGAGUACCUCGGGCAACAGGGUAUUGUUCAGUAGACUUGAAGCUUGGGCAAUUCUGGUGAUUUCAGGGACAAGUGUAAGGAUCCUAGGGACUCUUUAAUGGAAUCAGCUUCUUCUGGAUCUUUGAAGAGAGCCAGGACACUUAAAAAUGCAACCCGAGUCCCCUCAUGCUUGGUUGAUGGAUGCACUUCAGACCUUACCAAAUGUAGGGAUUACCACAGGCGGCAUAAAGUAUGUGAGCUCCACUCCAAGUCUCGUCAGGUUUUUAUUAAAGGUCAGGAACAACGGUUUUGCCAGCAGUGCAGCAGGUUCCAUUCGUUGGGUGAGUUUGAUGAGGGAAAGCGAAGCUGCAGAAAACGUCUUGACGGACAUAAUCGGCGGCGAAGAAAGUCCCAGCCAGAAUCACUUUCAGUAAAUUCUGGAAGGAUAUUUUCCAACCAAGGUACUAGAUAUCUACAUUUUGGUAGCUCUCAAAUAUUUUCAACCAGUGUUAUGAACGCUGUUUGGACUGGAGCUGCAAAAGCUGAGAGUGAUCCAAUGCUGAAUACUAGUCAAUCCUCGAUGAACUUCGGUGGCAGAAAAAAUCUUUUUCCUGGCUCCUUGUCUUCCAACUAUAAAGAAGGAAAGCAGUUCUCUUUCUUACAGGGCACCAGUUCCACAAUUCCUGGAGAUUCUGUCCAUCUAGAUGCCAAUUCAACGUUAGGAAACAGUGGCAACAGCCAGAAAAUGUUCUCUGAUGGGCUAAACCGAGUCAUAGACUCCAACCGUGCUCUCUCUCUUCUGUCAUCUCCACCAUCUGAGACUCGGGAGAUUGGUUUGAGCGACAUGAUGCAGCCAGACCUGAACUCUCCUGCUCAGUCCUUGAUCCCAAGCUUGAACUAUAAUGCCCUUGGAAUGGAAAGUGAACCAGCAGGAUCUGUUUUGGUAUCUGAUGGCAGCAGCGGCAAUGCCAACCUCAAUGGUCAGCAUAUGUUUCAGAUCGAACCUGAUGGGUCAUCUGCAAAUGGAUCUCACCAGACACUUUCCUUCUCGUGGGAGUAGUACAUGCCAUUUCUAGUUCUAAUCUCCCCCUCUUGAUCUAAAUCUGAUCAAUGAAAGAGUUUAUUGCCCUUUAAUUCUGAAACUUUUAAGAUGUUCCAUUUUGUUUGCAUCACCACUCCAAACUCUGGUGAUUUUUAAGAUUCUACAAUAUUGUAAUAUGUACGCAUGAAAUGUUCUCUUCAUAGGAAUUAAAUC